AUGGCGUGCCAUAUCUUUCUACUAGUUACCCUCACACUGUUAUGCACCAUAGAGGCCGAUAACAGCUCCAUCGGCUGUGGCCAAAUCCGUCUAGCUUGCGGAGCCUCCACACCAACGGAUGGUGAUUCUGAUGAUCGAACAUGGCACAGUGACAUAGAUUCCGAGUUUGCACCAUCACUGGAAGGCUCUGCGAUUGCUUUAGACCCUUUUCUAACCACUGUUCCUUACAAGACUGCUCGGAUCUUCACUUCAAGUUACACUUACUCAUUUCCUGUUAGGCCAGGACGCAUGUUUCUGCGCCUCUACUUCUAUCCUACCACUUAUGGCAACUAUGCUCCUUCAAAUGCCUGCUUUCGUGUCACAGCGAGCAACCUAGUCAUUUUUGAAAACCUCUGUGCUUCCCAAACUUCUUUGACAGUUGUCAGCAGCUUGUUCCGUGAGUACUCCUUAAAUGUUACUUCAGGUAACCUACACCUCAGCUUCAGCCCAUCCACCCACCAUAAAGGGUCUUAUGCAUUUGUGAAUGGGAUUGAAAUAAUUGUGCCCACACCUGACCUUUUCACAACAACAAUACCAACACUAGCCAAUGGUGGAAACCCUGAUCCAUUCCCUAUUGAUCCUGCAACAGGGUUUCAAACAAUGUACCGGCUUAAUGUAGGGGGGCCGGACAUCUCUCCGCAUGAUGAUAUUGACUUUUACCGUACAUGGUACGAGGACAGUCCUUACUUAUAUAAUGGUGCUCUUUCAGUUUGCCCCUUGAUUAACGACAAUAUUACCGUCACCUAUACACCCAGUGUACCAAACUACACUGCACCAGUUGAUGUCUAUUUAACUGCUCGGUCAAUGGGACAAGAUGCACAAGUCAACCUGAAGUAUAAUCUUACAUGGAUAUUACCAAUUGAUGCUGGGUUCUUUUACCUCCUAAGGUUCCAUUUCUGUGAGAACCAGUAUCCAAUAACUAAGGUCAACCAGAGGUCAUUCUUUAUCUACAUAAAUAACCAGACAGCCCAAACGGAAAUGGAUGUCAUUGCAUGGAGUGGAGGAAUCGGCAGAACAGCGUAUACAGACUAUGCUAUCAUCACAUCCGGUACUGGUCAGACGGACCUGUGGGUUGCCCUUCACCCGGAUCUUACGACAAGGCCAGAGUAUUAUGAUGCAAUAUUGAAUGGUCUUGAAGUCUUUAAGCUACAGAAUUAUCAAGACAACAGUCUUGCUGCACUUCAGCCACCCCUUCCCCCACCACCAUCACCACCUGAUCAUGUGGAACCUAAUAAUGACAAGCCUGCAGGUGCAAGAAAAAGAAACUCAAAGGGUGCUGUCCCAGCAGCCAUAGCUGGAACUGUUGGUGCUUUUGCUCUUCUGCUGUUGACCUGUUUUGGCAAGUACAUCAUCAGCAGAUGGAAAGAGAUAGCAAGGAAUUAUAGAACAAGGACCGGCAACAAGCACUUGAUGACUCCUCAAGUUGAGGGCAACAAUCUGCCGUCAGUUAUGUGCCACCACUUCACCUUCAAGCAAAUCCAGGCAGCCACUAAUAACUUUGAUGAAACCUUUCUCCUUGGCAAGGGUGGUUUUGGGAAUGUAUACCGUGGAAAGAUAGAUGGUGGUGUUCAGGUGGCGAUUAAGCGCGGCAACCCACUGUCUCAGCAAGGCCUGCGUGAGUUCCGAAAUGAGAUUGGGACAUUGUCCAUGCUUCGCCACCGCCACCUUGUAUCUCUUAUUGGAUACUGCGAGCAGAACAAUGAGAUGAUCCUAGUUUAUGAUUACAUGGCUCACGGUACCCUUCAGGAGCAACUCUACAGCAUCAAAAGAAGGUCACCUCUGCCCUGGAAGCAACGCCUUGAGAUCUGCAUCGGUGCGGCUCGAGGGCUCCAGUAUCUGCACACUGGUGCGAAGCAAACGAUCAUCCAUCGUGAUGUUAAGACUGCCAACAUUCUCUUGGAUGACAAGUUCGUGGCAAAGGUCGCAGACUUCGGGCUAUCGAAGGCCAAUCUAGACGUCGAUGACACCCAUGUAAGCACAGCGGUGAAGGGCACCUUUGGGUAUCUCGAUCCUGAGUACUUCCGGAGGAAGCAACUCACCAGGAAAUCUGAUGUGUACGCUUUUGGGGUUGUGCUGUUUGAGGUUCUGUGCGCGCGCCCUGUGAUUAACAUUCAGCUUCCUGAGGAGCAAGUGAGCCUGCGUGAGUGGGCACUGUCUUGCCAGAAGAACGGCGUGCUCAGUGAGAUCAUUGACCCUCAUCUCCAGGGGGAAAUAACUCCUGAGUGCUUCAGGAAAUUCACAGAGACUGCUGAGCAGUGUGUUGCCGAUCGGAGCAUUGAUAGGCCAUCCAUGGGUGAUGUACUUUCAAACCUCCAGGUCGCUCUCCAGCUGCAGGAGAGGACAGGGGUAAAUAAUAGCAAUGGUGAGGCGCCAUUGUCAAUUGCAAAGACAAAGGUGGAUUCGGCAGCAGGUCCAUCAACAAAUUCAACAAUGAGCAUCACAGGACAAGGGGUCGUCUUCUCAGAUAUGACACACACUGAAGGACGGUGA